AUGGCCAUCCCUAUAAUUUCGUAUUCAUUAACGAAGUUAUGUCGGGAGGCUUCUAAGAAAUCAAAGAGCAUUCACUGUCUGUGUAAUGACUGUUUGAAAUCCGCGAAGUAUCGCAAGUCAAUAUUUAAGAGGAUUUUGAGUGUCUCAAUGUAUAAGCCUAGAGCAGCUGAGUCUGCAAUAAAGAAAAAAUAUAGGAGACUUUCUGUUCAGUUCCAUCCAGAUAAAAAUCUCGAUCCAGAGGCACACAAGUACUUUGUUAAGCAUAUUGCUAAGGCUUAUCAAGCUCUAAUUGAUCCAGUGGCUCGUGAAAAUUAUGAAAAAUAUGGCCAUAAAACUGAAAUAAUUAUGAGCAACAACUCUUCUGAUGAACAAAUCUUGACUUCUGAAUCUAAGUAG